AAGAAAUCCCUAUAAAGCAAGGCAGCAAUCUGGAGAAAGGCUUUCCCAUCCUGUUGGGUUACACAGAGAAAUAUUGCCCACAAUGGCCUUCAAUGGACGUUAUGAGCUGCAGAGUCAGGACAAGUUUGCAGAGUUUAUGAAAGCUAUUGGACUCUCAGACGAUUUGAUCGAAAAAGGGAAGGAUCAAAAGAGCACUUCAGAAAUUGUCGAAACUGGAGACCACUUUAAGAUCACUGUCACAACAGGCAGUAAAGUGCUGGUGAAUGAAUUUACAAUUGGGGAGGAGACUGAAAUAGAAUCUCCUACAGGAGACAAAAUUAAGGCCAUAGUUAAUCGUGAUGGGAACAAUAAACUUGUCGCCAAGAUACAAAAUAUUACUUCAGUUACAGAGAUCAACGGAGACCAACUAACAAAUACCAUGACUAUUGGCGACAUUGCCUACAAACGAAUCAGCAAGAGAAUCAGUUGAAACCAUUGCAGAACAAAAACGUAGUGAAUUGUAUCACAUUGUAAAGUAUCAAAAUAAAACCAGUGCCACUGUC